GAACAAGAGAAAGCAUGGAAGCUGAAGGAAGUGGCUAAUAUUUCAUAGAGUUGCUCAAGAACGAGAGGUGAUGAUCAUCGACGAACCUGCCAUGGAGAAAGCUAUAGUCUGGUUCUCCUGCAAUUAAUUACUUUUUCCUUUCAGUGCUCAGAAAAAGAAUCCGUUUUGCUUUCCUGAAAAUGAGGAGUCAAAUAAUCUAAAGUUUUGUCAGGUCCUGUUCUCUGUGUUUAAUGUGUCAUAAGUUACAACUGCUUGUACAAAAAUUGGCAUCCUUUUUGUUGUUCUUUUGCAUGCCUUCCUAAUUAAGAUACUUUUUUGGAACCUGUACUAACUGUACUAACUACUCACUAGUGUAAAUAUGAUGAUCAUGAAAAGAUGAUAGUUUAUAAUUUUUUUAAUAUUCUUUAAAUUGGAUGCAAACAUCAAAACGAAAUAAAUUUUUUGAUUUAUGUAUUUUUAAUGCUUCUUAUUAUAUAUCUACCUUAUUAAGUCCUUUCUAACCGUUCAUCAGGCCAACUUGAAGUCUCUCUAUGUUAGCUUGUUUUAUAAGAGGGAGCUGCAAAGAAAGACAAGUUAUUUCGGAAGCACUGAAGCACAGAUCAGACAAAAAGAAGGUCAGCCAUGGCUUUGCAUGGAAAGCUUUUGGAACAACUAGUAGUGCUGCUACAUCUGAUUACUGGGGUCCAGCUAGUUUUAUCAGCACCUCAACCCAAUGAUCCGAGCUGCAACCGCACAUGCGGAAAUGUUAGCAUCCCCUACCCAUUUGGUACAAGCAAGGGCUGCUUACUUGAUCCAUCUUUUCUCAUCAUAUGUAACUACUCUUAAUUUCCAGCCCCCAAAACCAUUUCUGGGCGUUGAUCAUAAUAUAGAUGUCCUCAACAUCUCUCCUGAUGGUGAACUUCGAGUCUCAAAUUUGGUAUUCCGUCGUUGCCAAUGGUGGCCAGAUUUUGAUAAUCCGCCUAGUCUCAGCCGCAUCUCUGCCUUGCUCAACUUGUCGAAAUUUAGCAUCUCACUUGAGAAGAGCAGUAUCUUUGCCGUCGGUUGUAACUUUUACGCCUACAUUAGUGGCUCGCAUGAACAAGAUUAUACUUUCAUGUCUGGGUGCAUAUCAUUCUGUGGCAACAGUUCCGGUUUGGUUAACGGCUCUUGCUCUGGCCUUGGCUGUUGCCAUUCUGCAAUCCCAGAAAACACAGCGAAUUAUAAUUUGAACGUUCAGAGCAUUUACAUUAAUGGAUCCGGCAGAACCUCGGGGCAAUCAUGUGGUUUAGGUUUUAUAGGGGAAACACAGGCAUACAACUUUUCCACCCUAGAUUUUACAAAUUUAACGAAAAGGGAGACUGUACCCCUGGUGCUUGAUUGGGCAGUUGGAAAUAAGACGUGCAAAGAUGCUCAGAAAAGUAUGACAAGAUAUUUAUGCAAAGCAGCAAAUAGUAGUUGUUCGGAACCCCAUGGUCGUGGUGGGUAUAUUUGCAAGUGUCCCCCAGGUUAUCAAGGGAACCCAUACCUUCCUGAUGAACACAAGGAUUGUUGCCAAGAUAUUGAUGAGUGCAAAGAUCUUGAUCGGAAUCCCUGCAAUGCUACUGCAACAUGUACCAACACUAUCGGGAACUACACAUGUAUAUGUCCCAACGGAUAUGAAGGCGAUGGGAGGAUGCCGCCUGGAACAGGUUGUAGUCGAAAAGGCCAAUCCAAGAUCAUGAUUAUUGCCCUGGGUGUCUGCAUAAGCCUUUUAACCCUGCUCGUGGGAAGUUCGUUGGUAUAUUGGGUAAUGCAAAGAAGAACGGUCAAAAAAUUGAAACAGAAGUACUUCUUCAAACAAAAUGGUGGCUUAAUCUUAGAACGACAUGUUGCGCCACAGGCCUAUCCGAAAAUCACACAAAAUAAUUUUAAAGUGGUUCAGCAAAUUGCCUACAUCCACUGGAGCCUCUUUUAUAGAAUUUGUACGAGAUUUACAAAUCACUCUACAAAUUUCUAUCUCUCUCUCACGUCCCUCUUUCUCUCUAUUUUUCUUCUCUCCCUCUGCAUCUUCUGAAGAUCAGAACUCUCCUAUUUAUAGGAGAAGUUCUCUUAAGCAAUUCUUGCUGAUCAGUCUCGAUGCAGCAGUUUGCUGUUGAAAUUAUGGGAUCGGUGCCUAAUAGAAACAAAAGCACCGAACGGUGCAUGUGCGUUCGGUGCAGCAGGCAAAUUGCAGCAUGUGGGGAGGGGGGCGCCUAAUACGCCAAGAGCUUCACACUGCAGGUGGCUUUUUUUCAACACGACAACUUCUGAAUCACAAAGAAUCUGAUGAGCCAGCUAAAAUCUUCAGCGCAGAAGAGCUUGAAAAGCCACU